AUGCAUGGAACAAGCAUAUGCGGAAGGCAAAAAGAUAUAUGGAGACAAUCGGAAGCACAGAUUACCAUCACCACGCUUUCGUCGACAAAAUGGCAAAUUUAUCGAAAUCGAACCAAUACAGUAUCCAUGGAAGAGAAAGAAAGCAUUGGACCGACAUCAAGCAAAGACAUCCGACCAAGAAGGACUCGCAAAGACAGAGCGAUUCCCAGCCACCUGCCGGGCUCAAACGAAAAGAAGUAUCCAACAUCCACCACAAUGAAGGAUGACUUCAAUGCCACAACAACAUAUAUAUUCAAACCACAGUAA